GUUUGUGACUUCCGCCCAGGAAUUAGAGAAGUUGUGGAAUUACAAGCAAAUUUGGACCAUAAUCUUUCAUCGAUGCAUUAAUGAAACAUCUGUAAGACUCGGCUCCUCUCCUCAAAUACUGUUUAAUGCAUUUUUGGGAGGUGCCUUAAUAACUGAGCAGGAUGUUAGGAAUGGAGCUGUCAUCUAGUGUGGAUAGCGUGGUUGAAAACAUUGGAAAAAUGUCCCCAGAUUUAUUUGCAGAAACAAUGCAGGAGAUUCUGGUUCAUCUUCAGGAACAGAGCACUUUAGAUUUCAUUGAAACUUGUAAUAAAUGUCAAAGAUCUGGAAUAAACCUGGAUCAACAAGCUGUUCAAGAUAUUAUAAGACUGAUGUCAUACCAUUUUAGGUUAGCUGCAAAAGUCAAUCUUAGUGCAGAUAUCUUGAUCGGCAAACUUAAUGAAGGAAGCAGUAAAUGGUCCAAGCCAAUGCUUCAGCUGGUGCAUCAGCUCUGGACUGAGUGUGGCGCCUCUCUACAUGCACAACAGGAGGUCAUGAGCAUGGCUAGUAUCGGACAGCUUGUAGAUAUGCAGUGGAAACUUGGAAUGGCAGUAAGCUCAGAUACCUGCCGAUCCCUUAACUCGCCAUUCAUCUCUGUUCUGCUGAAAUAUGCAGAUACGUCAGGGGAAAUAACAUAUAAAUCAUUUGAGAUGACAGUUCAGCAGUUCCAGAACUUCUACAGACAGUUCAAGGAAAUGGCUUCUGUUUUAGAGACUGUUUAAUAUAUUUUCUCCAUGUGGUUUUUCCAGGAGUGGGGUCAACUUUGUUGAACUUUGCACUUAUCUACCACUUUAGGGGAUUUUUCAUUUUCCAUUCCACUAUCGGCAGUUAAUGAAAAGAUCGGAUUUCUCUUUGGUA